CUUCUGACUAAUCACGCCUGAUGUCGAGCGUCGUUUCGUGCUACGUCGUGUUCUUUCGGUAAUUUCCGUUUUGAUUCGGUAAUUUCCGCUUAAUCUCCUUCCUGUGUUGAUCCCCCGUCCCCGGCAAAGGCACUCGGAGGCCAUUAUCCUGCAACCAUUCUUUUCUUUCAUACCCGAAGAAAUAAUUCAAUAAUUUAAUAAUUUCAUUAUUUAUUCGUGCAAGUUUACUAAGAUCUCGCUGGACACCUGCAGCUUUACAAAUCGCGAGGGACGCGCGCCUCGUCAAUCCUUCGGAAAGUUUCGGCUGCUUUCGUGCCCCGCUGUUGUGAAAUGGACGCGACUGAACCGGCGGCGAAAGCGCUGCAGCUGGGCGACGCGUCUGCGGGAGAGACGGCGGGCUCGGAUACCGAAUCGGAGGCCGAAGUCGCCACGAUGACUGUGAUGGGAGAAGCGGCAAACAUCGACAUCACCGAAUCCCUACCGAACCCCGACGACGGCGAAACCGCGUUUGCAGAGGUGACAGCCGUCACUGUUGGGGACGUCCAGAGUUCAGAUGAGACUGUCUUCACCUCCACAGUGGCCUCAGCAGCGUCCAUCCCUCGACACGUGCUCACCGGCAGAACCACGCUACAGAUCGGAGACAGUCUGAGUACCCAGAAGGCCACACUGAUCGUGGUGCACACAGAUGGGAGCAUCGUCGACGCCACAGGGCUGAAGGGAACCGCCACACCUAUGACACCUGGCCCUCAGACCCCGAGCACCCCUCUGAUGUCUGGACACGUCUCCAAGUACAACUGGGAUCCGUCGGUUUAUGACAACGAGCUUCCGGUCCGCUGCAGGAACACCAGCGGGAUCCUGUACAAAAACAGACUGGGCUCAGGGGGAAAAGGGCACUGUAUCAAACACAACAACAACUGGUACACCCCGACUGAGUUCGAGGGUAUGUCAGGGAGAGCGAGCAGCAAAGACUGGAAGAGAAGCAUCCGCUACGCUGGCCGACCUCUACAGUGUCUCAUUCAGGAGCGUAUCCUGAACCCUCAUGCAGCGUCCUGUACGUGUGCGGCCUGCUGUGACGAUGUGUCAACACUGAGUGACAUGUGUACGAAGGAGGGAUCUUUCGGAGGAGAGAACAUCUCGAUGACGGGCCCCGUCAGACUGUUCGUCCCUUAUAAAAGAAAGAAGAAGGACAGCGAGCACGCAGCUUCUCCGGAGAAGAGGGAAGUUCAGUCUCCAAAGAACAUCACCCUGGGUCCUGGAGCAACAUUUACAGUGACUCCGUCCGGACAGAUCACCACAUCAGGAACGCUGACCUUUGACCGAACGCCGUCAGGAGAGACAGGGGACAGCCCAGCGCCCGCGGACGUCUUCACCAACACAACCAUGUUCACCAGCCUUCCAGCGCUGGCAGUGGUGCAGUCUAAACCCUCUCCAUCCGGGCCGCUCACGAACGGGCUGGAGACGGCCGAGCAGCGCACCUGGCUUUAUCUGGAGGAGAUGGCCAACACGCUGCUCAACAACGCACAGCAACUCAAAGUCCUCAUCGCACAGGCCAAACAAAGCAGUCAGAGCGGAGCGCAUGCCCCCAUCAGCCCCGAGAAAAACAGCAGCAUCAGAAAAGAGUCCUUUCAGAGUCAGCUGUCGCUCAGUGAAGAACCCAUGGGGAAAAUCACUCAAAUUAUCAUCCAGCACACAUGUGUGAACUGCGGUCGAGAGGCGUCCAGUGAGUGUGCGGGCUGCCAUAAAGUCCAUUACUGCUCUGGCUUCUGUCAGCGGAAGGACUGGAAGGAGCAUCAGCUGAGCUGCUGUCCCCCGGGCACGACGCUCAGCAUUCAGGAAGACGCUCAGAUGGCCGGUGUGGAGGUGGAGAAAGGGAAGGCCUAGGACUGAGACGUAUGAGGUUUAGACGGGUGUUCACUUCCGUUAAUGUGUUUUAGUUUAACUAUAAAGCCUCGGUGUAGCAGCCCAUUACACACUGUGACAUAUAGGGCAUACAUGGAUGAUGUCUGUACUUUCUGUAGUAUUUGAGCGGUUUCACUCUCUCUCUAUGGAUUUGAUAUGUGAAUAUGAUCCUUAAAGUGGUAGUUCCCCAAAAAUAGUUUUACUCAUCCUUAUGUUUUUCCAAGACUGUAUGACAUUUUGAACACAAUGCGUUGCGUACAGGCUCACAAUUUCCGUAAAAUGAACCGUUUUUAAGCUCCUAAAAGGAAAAAUGAAAACACAGAAGUAAUGACCUGAAAUGUAAGAUAAUCUCUCAAAUCUAUAAAAGCUUGUUUGCGCCACAAGAAAAAUAAAAUGAAAUGGGUAAUUGCGAUUUAUAAAUUAUGUCUUACAAUUCUUUGAGUUUUUUUCUCAAAAUUCCGAUUUUUUCUCUCAAAUUCUGAGGACAAAUUCAGAAUGUGACAAACUUGUAAUUGCUACUACCUGUUUUUAACCAUGAAGGGGGAAAAAAAUAUUUUUUUUUGUUUUGUUUUUUUAAGAAUUGUGAGAUUUAUUAUCACAUGACAGAAACAAAAAACUGAACUGUGAGAUGUGAAGUCAGAAUUGUGAGGAAAAAAGUCAGAAAUCUGAGUUUAUAUCUCACAACUCAGAGAAAAUGUCUGAGUCUGAGAUAAAAAGUCACAAUUACCUUUUUUUUUUACCCACAAUGGUUACUUCCUUAUAAAUGUCUCUAAUGCUUAGUAUUUAUUUUAUAGUUUUCACAUUAACGUCUUGUUUUGUGCAAAUAUUACAAAUUGAAAUCAGAGUGCAAAGAAUGGGUAAACUCUUUAUAAUAAAAUUACAAAACGUAUUAUUUUGUGUCCUACAAGCAAAAGUCAGUCAAACAGGUCUGGAACACCAUGAAGUUGAGUAAAUGACAGAAGUGGAUUUUGAAUUACUUUCUUUAAUUGGACAGUAAUGUAUUUUCAGAAAAUAAUUCUAAUGAAGGAUUACAUUUUUACAGUGUUUUCAAAACAAAAAAAUAAAUGUGUUUAGCUUU